ACUAAAUUUCAUAAAUUAAACCAAACUGAGUGGAAGAAGACAAACACAGACCAACCAAUCUCAGAUUCUUUGGUGUCUCUCUGCCAUUUCGGCUCUGCUCACUUCUGUUGCUCACUAAGUCACUACUGUGUAUCUAUGUAGGCUAUAUCAAGAGAGAGAGAGAGAGAGAGAGAGAGAUUCAGAGAAGUAGCAGAAGACCUGUGGUUGGAGAAGAAGAGGCAAGCUCGACGAAGAAAUGUACGCAGAGACGGGGUUUCUGUGUCCAUAUUUCCAAGGUUUUCCUCAGGAAAUUCAGCACCUUGAGGAUCUCUGUCGAUUCCAGAAGAACAAUGCUCCAAUUGACAACCUGAUUCAGAACACUGUGUCAGAGUAUGACCUGGGAGGAGAAGGAGAUCUAUUUAAAGCUCCAGAACCUAUCAUUGAAGAACCUGUUAUAAGCCUUGAUCCCAUGGCAGCUGCCAUUUCAAUGAUUUCAUGUGGGGAAGAUGGCAUACCUUCCCAAACAAUGAAAGUCACAGAUAUUGAAUCAAUUCAAUGCGAACAACUGUUAAGCGAGUUCUACUAUGAGUGCAAGAAGGAUAUGUUGGAACAAUCCCAAAUGGAGGAAUCAUUUCCAGAAGUCCUGGAUGUCAAGAUUCCUGCUAUCCAGGUGGAAGAGGAUCCGACAGCAGAGAAAAAUAGCUUGGCUUCAGUGACACCAAUCCCAAAAAGUGUUAGUUUUGAGUGCUUGAGCUCUAUUGACCAGUUUCAUGGGGGUGCCGCAAGACCAAAUUUUCUGGAUUUUCGAGGGGUAGAUUUUGAAACUGCCUGUGGGAUGCGGAGGGCUUUCAGUGAGGGCGAUAUACAGCUUCUUGGCAAUGGGAAUUCGAGCUCCAUUCACUCUCACUUUGAGCGCCCAGUAACCAUUGGCAACUAUACCAUUGAAGAACGCAAGCAAAGGCUUUCCAGAUAUAGGAAGAAAAAGACUAAGAGGAAUUUUGGCCGGAAAAUUAAGUAUGCUUGCAGGAAAGCAUUAGCUGACAGCCAGCCGAGAGUACGAGGAAGGUUUGCUAAGACUGAAGAAUCAGAGGUUCCAAAGAAUUAGGAAGACUAAAUAUGGCACUAAGGAACUAGGUUGCUCUAUCAUGAAGAAUAAAAGGAAACUAGAAAAAAGUAUUAGGUUCAUUUUAAGAUAAUAGAUGGUGAGGAAGGUAGCCCUAGAAUAGGCCAUUCAUAUGCUCAAUCGGCUUUUUUUCUUAUUUAGAGAGGUAUCAGAUCUUCAAAGUAGCUUCUUGCUUUAUCAUCAUUGUAAUGACAAUCUCUUUCUGUAGUUACUUUCAGUACAUCUGUAAAUAUUUAUUGAAAUAAAGAAGCCGAAAUUUCUGUUUGGUCUAA